AUGAUUGAGGUGUCUAAAGGUUUCGCUAUGAAGUGCUAUUCUUACGAUCCCUUCCUGUCUGAUGAGCAGAUUAAGGAGUGUGGUGCCGAGCCUCUCCACGACUUGAAGGAGCUCUUCAAGUGUGACAUCGUGUCCUUGCAUGUCCCUGCUACUCCUCAGACGAUCAACUCCAUCAACGAGGAUCUUAUGUCGUUGAUGCCUGAGAAUGGCGUUCUCGUCGAUGCCGCCAGAUCUGAGGUUAUUGAUGAAGACUCUGUCAUCUCGAUCUUCCAGAAGCGUCCUGAUCUCGGAUACAUCUCUGAUGUUGGUUUCACUAAGAUUGAUGAGUUGAGGGAGAAGAUCGGUGCUGCCCAGUUGAAGAAGCAGCUCAUUGUGACUCCAAAGAAGAUGGGUGCUCAGACUCUCGAGUCUAAUGUCAACGCAGGUCUCACUGCUAUCAAGCAGAUUUCUGCCUACUUCAAGGACGGCUCUACCAUUCAUCAGGUCAAUGGCAAGGCUUUCUAA